AUGGCACCGGCAAAGGAUGAGAGCCAUGCUCAUGGCAAAGUCUUCUCGGUCUCAGGCCCUGUGGUCGUGGCUGAGCACAUGAUUGGCUGUGCCAUGUACGAGCUGUGCCACGUUGGCAAGGAUCUUCUCGUGGGUGAAGUCAUCCGGCUUGAUGGCGACAAGGCGACAAUUCAGGUCUACGAGGAAACUGAUGGAUUGACUAUCGGUGAUCCUGUCGCCCGGACUGGCAAGCCACUUUCCGUGGAGCUCGGUCCUGGUUUGAUGGAGACCAUCUAUGACGGCAUUCAGCGACCCCUCCGAGCUAUCUCCGACCAGUCCAAGGGUAUCUACAUCCCCCGUGGUAUUCGGGUCAAUGCUCUCGAUCGCGAGAAGAAGUGGGACUUCAAGCCCGUCAACUUCAAGGUCGGCGAUCAUAUCACGGGUGGAGACAUUUGGGGUACCGUCUUCGAGAACAGCUUGGUCGACGACCACAAAAUCCUCCUGCCUCCCCGCGCUCGGGGUACUAUUACCCGCAUCGCCUCCGAGGGUAGCUACACGGUGGAGGAAAAGCUUCUGGAAAUUGAGUUCGAGGGCAAGAAGUCCGAGUUUGGUAUGAUGCAAACCUGGCCCGUCCGUGUGCCUCGUCCUGUCAGUGAUAGGCAGUCUGCGGAUGCGCCCUUCGUCGUCGGCCAGCGAGUACUGGAUGCUCUUUUCCCCAGUGUGCAAGGAGGUACCGUUUGCAUUCCUGGCGCUUUCGGAUGUGGCAAGACUGUGAUUUCCCAGAGUGUGUCCAAGUUCUCCAACAGCGAUAUCAUUGUCUACGUCGGUUGCGGUGAGCGCGGUAACGAGAUGGCUGAGGUCCUGAUGGAUUUCCCGGAGCUUUCAAUCGAUGUGGGCGGCCGUAAAGAGCCCAUCAUGAAGCGCACUUGCUUGAUUGCCAACACUUCCAACAUGCCCGUCGCAGCCCGAGAAGCCUCAAUUUACACCGGUAUCACCAUCGCCGAGUACUGGCGCGAUCAGGGUAAGAACGUGGCCAUGAUGGCUGACUCGAGUUCUCGCUGGGCCGAGGCUCUGCGUGAGCUGUCCGGUCGUCUCGGUGAGAUGCCUGCUGACCAGGGUUUCCCUGCGUACCUGGGUGCCAAGUUGGCCUCCUUCUACGAACGAGCUGGCAAGAGUAGUGCCCUCGGCAGUCCUGAGCGGGUUGGUAGUGUCAGCAUCGUCGGUGCCGUCAGUCCCCCCGGAGGUGAUUUCUCCGACCCAGUCACCUCGAGCACGCUCGGUAUUGUCCAGGUGUUCUGGGGUCUUGAUAAGAAGCUGGCCCAGCGCAAGCACUUUCCCUCCGUCAAUACCUCCAUGUCUUACAGCAAGUACACCACCAUCCUGGACAAGUGGUACGAGAAGAACAACCCCGAUUUCCCGCGCCUGCGUGAUCAGGUCCGUGAGCUCCUGUCCAAGUCCGAGGACCUUGACCAGGUCGUCCAGUUGGUCGGCAAGGCGUCGCUGGGUGACUCGGAUAAGAUUACUCUGGAUGUUGCUGCCAUGGUCAAGGAUGACUUCCUCCAGCAGAAUGGCUACAGUGACUAUGAUCAGUUCUGCCCCCUGUGGAAGACUGAAUACAUGAUGAAGGCGUUCAUGGGCUUCCACGAUGAGGCCCAGAAGGCAAUUGCCCAGGGUCAGGUCUGGAGCAAGGUCCGCGAUGCGACUGCUGACCUCCAGACGUCCCUGCGGAGUAUGAAGUUCGAGGUCCCUGACAACCAAGAGGAGGUCACGGCCAAGUACGAGAAGCUGUUGCAGUCCAUGACCGAGCGAUUUGCUUCCGUUUCCGAUGAAUAG